CUGGAGAGGUUCCUAUAAGGUGUCAGGACGUGGCGGUCUAUUUCUCCAUGGAGGAGUGGGAGUAUGUAGAAGGACACAAGGAUCAGUACAAGGAUCAGGUCAUGAUGGAGGAUCAGCAGCCCCUCACAUCACCAGUCAGAUCCAGUAAGAGAACAGCACCAGAGAGGUGUCCCCGUCCUCUUCUUCCACAGGAUGAUCAGGGUGAAGAUCCGAACAAUAUUAAUGUUCCAGAGUCAGAUGUGAGCGGUGAUGAGCAGUAUAAGGAGGACAUUCCUACAGGGAAAGAAAAUGCUACAGACGUAAAGGAAGAAGAAGAGACAGAUGUGAGCGGUGAUGAGCAGUAUAAGGAGGAGAUUCCUACAGGGAAAGAAAAUGUUAUAGACGUAAAGGAAGAAGAAGAGACAGAUGUGAGCGGUGAUGAGCAGUAUAAGGAGGACAUUCCUACAGGGAAAGAAAAUGCUACAGACGUAAAGGAAGAAAAAGAGACAGAUGUGAGCGGUGAUGAGCAGUAUAAGGAGGACAUUCCUACAGGGAAAGAAAAUGCUACAGACGUAAAGGAAGAAGAAGAGACAGAUGUGAGCGGUGAUGAGCAGUAUAAGGAGGACAUUACUACAGGUAAAGAAAAUGCUACAGACGUAAAGGAAGAAGAAGAGACAGAUGUGAGCGGUGAUGAGCAGUAUAAGGAGGAGAUUCCUACAGGGAAAGAAAAUGUUAUAGACGUAAAGGAAGAAGAAGAGACAGAAGUGAGCGGUGAUGAGCAGUAUAAGGAGGACAUUCCUACAAGUAACCUCUCUGAUUCUUGUAGCAGGAGAUCAGAGGAGAAUCUUAUAUCUUCAGAUUAUAAAGCAGAUGAUGAUAUCACACAAGAUACAUAUGAAGAACAUUCCAUUAUCCCAGAUACACCCUCAGCCCUUCACAGCCAAGAUCUGUCAUCUCAUCCUUAUAUACAGGUCCUGUCUUCUCAGUCAUCACAGAAAGGUCACAGAAGGGGUGUUGGACAUCAAAGAGAUUGUGCAAGGAGCAAGCAAUAUUCAUGUUCAGAAUGUGGAAAGUGUUUUACCCAAAAAUCUAAUCUUGUUAGACAUAAGAGAAAUCACACAGGGGAGAAACCAUUUUCAUGUCCAGAAUGUGGAAAGUGUUUUACCCAUAAAUCAAAUCUUGUUAAACAUAAGAAAAUUCACACAGGAGAGAAGCCCUUUUCAUGUUUAGCAUGUGGUAAAUGUUUUACUCAGCAAUCACAUGUUGUUGUACAUCAGAGAACUCACACAGGAGAAAAGCCAUUUUCAUGUUCAGAAUGUGAGAAAUCUUUUGCUUGCAAAUCACAUCUUGUUCAGCAUCAAAAAAAUCACACAGGAGAGAAGCCAAUUCCAUGUUCAGAAUGUGGAAAAUGCUUUACUUGGAAAUCAGAUCUUGUUAAACAUCAGAGAACUCACACAGGGGAGAAGCCAUUUCCGUGUCCAGAAUGUGGAAAAUGCUUUACUCGGAAAUCGGAUAUUGUUAAACAUCAGAAAAUUCACACAGGAGUGAAGCCGUAUUCAUGUUCAGAAUGUGGCAAAUGUUUUACUCAAAAUUAUCAUCUUGCUGAACAUCAGAGAACUCACACAGGAGAGAAGCCAUUUCCGUGUUCAGAAUGUGGAAAAUGCUUUACCUGGAAAUCGGAUCUUGUUAAACAUCAGAAAACUCACACAGGGGAGAAGCCAUAUUCAUGUUCAGAAUGUGGGAAAUGUUUUACUCGGAAAGCAACUCUUCUUAUACACCAAAGAGCUCACACUGGAAAGUAACCUUCCAACUUGUCAAAUAGUACAAAUACUACGACCAUUGCAGUCAGUCACAAGAAAGAGUAAUAAACUAAUAUUGAAAAAGUAUGAGUGUUCCCAAAAAAUACUCAACCAAGUACUAGA